UUUUUCUUACAUGCUUAUUGGCAUUUUCUGUUUAUGGGAGCUCUCAUGAUUCUUCAAGUGAUAUUCAAAAUUGUUGUGGAAGUCCUGGUGUAAGUCCAGGAUGGAAAAACUCGAUUCAACAAUUACCUUCCGUAAAUGUAGUCACAAAACAAAAAGUGUUAACCGAUAGCGAUUGUUGUGCAGCAUGUGUUCAAAAUCCUAAUUGCAUAGGAUGGGCUUUUACACAAAAUACAUGUUACCUUGAUGUCGAUAAGGAACCCUCACCUGGAAUUUGUGAUAAUUCUGCAGCUGAAGGUACAUCUUCAUAUCAUGCAUCCGGAAUUAUUCGUUGUAGUAAUGGUUGUAAUCUUCGCCGUUUACAUUUAUGGUAA